ACGUCAGCAGCCCUGCGCCCGUAGACAUCUGCAAAAUGGAGGACCGUGAAUCUAAAGAACCCGAGCAGCUCAGGAAGCUGUUCAUUGGAGGCCUGAGCUUUGAAACCACGGAGGAGAGUUUACGGGCCCAUUUUGAACAAUGGGGAACUCUCACAGACUGUGUGGUGAUGAGAGAUCCCAACAGCAAGCGAUCAAGAGGCUUCGGCUUUGUCACAUACUCCUCUGUGAGGGAAGUCGAUGAUGCCAUGAAAGCAAGGCCCCAUAAAGUGGAUGGCCGAGUUGUUGAGCCCAAGAGGGCCGUGUCCAGAGAGGACUCCAAUAAACCAGGCGCUCAUCUGACGGUGAAAAAGAUCUUCGUCGGUGGUAUCAAGGAGGACACCGAGGAGUACCAUAUUCGGGAGUAUUUUGAGAAGUAUGGGAAGAUCGAGUGCAUCGACAUCAUGGAGGAACGCUCCACGGGGAAGAAGAGGGGAUUCUGCUUCGUCUCCUUUGACGACCAUGACACGGUCGACAAAAUUGUCGCCCAGAAAUUCCACACAAUCAACUUCCACAAUUGCGAAGUCAGGAAAGCUCUGUCUAAACAGGAAAUGAGCGCUAUAUCCACUAACAGGGGCAGGAGCGGAGGAUCAGGAAAUUUCAUGGGCAGGGGUAGUAAUUUUGGAGGCGGAGGCAACUUUGGCAGAGGUGGCUAUGGUGGAGGACGCGGCGGUUAUGGAGAUGAUUUUGACAACGGACCCGGAGGGAAUUAUGGGGGAGGACCAGGCUAUGGUGGCCGAGGUGGCUACGGAGGUGGUGGUCCAGGGUAUGGCAACCAGGGUGGAGGAUUUGGUGGCAACUGCGAUGGAGGUUACGGAGGUAAUGAUGGAGGAUACGGAGGUGGUGGAAAUUACAAUGACUUUGGAAAUUAUGGUGGGCAGCAGUCCAACUAUGGGCCCAUGAAGGGAGGCAACUUUGGUGGCAGAAACUCAGGUGGACCCUAUGGUGGUGGCUACGGCUCUGGCGGCGGCGGCGGAGGUGGCUACGGCUCACGGCGAUAUUAAUUAUUUCAUGUUUUGAUGUGGAAAGAGGCAUUCUCUUCUUGCUGAAAAUCUGUAAAGACCUGAUAACAUGGAAGGUUCUGGAUGGGUAAGACUUUUUUUGAAAUAUUAUCCAAGGCUGCUCAUAUUGUAAUCUAGUCGUGGACAUAGUGAUGAUGCAAGGUGCAGGCAAAAGGGUGUUCUGAGGUCAACCGAGCAGGAUGACAUCCAGUAUUCCUCCGCCACGGUCCCGCCUCCCACUGCUUGGUAUGCCAUGAGCUGAGAGUAUUAAUAAAGUUAAUAAAAGUUUGUGUGACUUAGUGUGCACAGUCAGCCCGGUAAUUACAUUAGACAGUGAUUAAAAACACACUUGGCCAAACAGGAUCACCAUACAUUCCGAGAAAAUACAAAUAUUUCCAUUAUUUAUUAUUCCAUGUGUUACCUAACCGAUUGUUCGGUUUCUAAAAUGUUAUAUAACGGCUAACAAUAGCUGCAAAUACCUUAUGCAUGAAAAUCCAAGAUAUUAUUUUUCCUUUAAUAUAUGGAGCAAAUCUUCCUUUUUUGCUUUGAAAAUUAACAAUGAAGCCAUUAUCAAACUAGUUGCUCAGUAAUGAGAUAUGAAAAUGAUAUGAGUGUCAUUCACUUGUUGGGUAAAUAAUUGAUUAGUACUUUAAACUCUAGGUAUCUUGAUCAUUAGACGAUCAAAGGCUGUUUCUUGCUUCUAAUCAGCACUUUCAUGAGCAGGUUUUCAAAAACAAAGUUCCAAAGGGGUCACAACUUAGGUGCAAAUUCCAGGAUGGUCCUCAAAGUUCUAAAAGUUUGUUUAGCAUAUGAGAUAAUGGAGGAAAUUUUGUGAAGUUUCCCUACAAGCGAGAGCCCCUGCUAUCGCAUCUGUCAGUAUUUAAGGAUGAAAGAAUCGUCUUUAUGAGAAUAUAUUUACGGUUUGGAUGAUUUUGUAAUUGUAAGAUUUGUCCAUGCCUAUUAUAACGUGUUAUAAUCUUUGAUCAAAUUGAUAUUUCUUCUAAGAAUUCAUGUAUUUCGAGGCCACCCAGUAUUAAAACCCAAAAACUCCCUGCUGCUUCCUUAUCAGUUCUAGGAUAGUAUUUCUGCAGAGGAAUGUAGACUGAGCACGCUCCGUGACUGCUCGGCAAAGGCACACCAGCGUCAAUGAAGUAUUUUGUUUUUGAAGCAAAAUGUGUAAAGUGUGACUUGUGUUUUUAAAUAAAAACUUUUUCCAUGA